AGUAAGAAGUAUGAUUUUUCACCUCUUUUGGUGGUAUCUGAAUACGGGCCGGACGGACAUAGGGAAGGUAUCGUAUUUCACUAAGAGUCGGUAACACUCGGAUGAAAUUACCGUGACUUCGGUCCCGUUCUCUCCGGAGAAAUGAUGUUGCCACACCUGAUAGGAAGUUCUCUAGCUUUCGAUUUUAAGUUUAUGGUUGAAAGUGAUCUGGGCCUAGUUUGAACAUAAACAUGAUUCCUGUUCGUCUAUGUUGCCAGUGCUCUGCUGAACAUGUGAUGAUCACGGUUUUGUAGGAAAGAAAGUCACUUCCUGCGGUAUAUACCAGGGUGAAUGUCGACAGUGGUCCUAUGAGGCUAAUGUCCCCGUGCUCUCGGUGACCAAGAACAAGACAUUAGUCCAAGGAUUAUGCGAAACCUGACUCUCAUCAGUGCUCUGCUGCUAGCACUGUACACGGGUACUCCGGUUUUCCUCCACUACCAAAAUCAGGCUCGUUUUUAAGGAUCCCCAUACCGCUGCCAAAACCUAUAACUAUGUUAUGUGUUUCCCUCGUGCACAUACCCCUGGGGAGCCGGGCCAUGGAAAGACACCCUCGGACGAACAGCAAUAACCUUCAGUGCCAGCAAUAUGCAAGGCUAUGGCCUCACCUACAGAGGUUCUUCUGUCUCAACAUGGACUUGCCUGUUCCUUAAUGGAGAUUUGAUUCUCUCAAGAUCGUCGUCAAUAAACGUGGCAGGCGAUGAUUACUAUCUGUACGCUUGUAUGCUGGUCAAAACUGUAUCCAGAAACAAGUUCUACUACCAUCUAAUGUCAGACGUUACUACAGGGAUAACCAGAUCGGGUGUAUCUCUCCGAAUUGCUGCAAGAAUGACGUCAGAAACAGUGUUAGAUAUAUGUACUAUAUGUGCGCAGAAUCCCUCAUCAAUCUCACUUCUGGUUACUAAGUAUACUGUUAUGACAUCAGCCGGGACAUCGGCUGAAACGAGUGAAAUUUCAAAUCCAUCGUUUGCACCAAAUCCUUGUGAUCCUUCAACAACACAAGCGACAACUACAACACAACCACCGACGACAACAACUACAACACAACCACCGACGACAACAACUUCAACACAAGCGACAACCACAACCAAGCCGACAACUACUUCGGCAGCAACUAAAAUGAAUCUGACUCCAUUACUGACUACACUGGUGAAUGGCAGUCCAUGGGUCCAGCCUGGUAGCACCAAUGCUCAGUUCACACCAACUCAAAUCACCGACAUGCCAAUUACUAUCACAGGGCAGAUUCAAUCCAGCUGGUCUAUUGUUACGGAGGAACCAGACUUGUUAUUAUACAGAUCUGACCAGAGGUUUAAUAUUGAUGGUCAGCUUCAAUACGGUUUUCUAUGCAUGGCCAUUACAUAUACGGACGCCAGUAAUGUUUAUUAUUACUUAUGGUCAGAAAAGAAAGAAAAAUAUACUACAGAAAGGAUACACUUCUCGGCGAACGCUGAAGCAACGCCUGCUGAAUGUUGUUGUCCUAAGAACAAUAUUCCAAGUGUUACUGAGUAUAAAAUCCUCUCUAAGCAAGGUGCACCAAAAGCUAUCACUUCUAGCGUCCAGAAUCCCAGAGGAAAACUUCCAAAGUGUUAUAAAGAUGGCGAGGAUGACUCAGUGAUUUUUUCUAUCAUAUUCGGCAUUCCCGCAUUGGUUAUGGUUUUGGGUUUUAUUGUUCUUAUUCGUAACUUUGUUCCUCAAGUAGACGUUCGCAGUAAUAAAUCUUCGCAAGAGCAAAAACACGUCUCUAGAUCAGGGUCAAGAAGAUCCAGUUUUGGAGAAAUACAAGUUUGAUAUGACGUUAAUUAAUUUACAAAAGUGACAGGUAAAUAUCACCAUUUUAAACAUACAUGUCUUUACAAUUUUUAGAUACAAAUCUUAUAAAAUAUUACCUUAUA